AUGCACGCACUCUUCAAUGAACUUGCAGCGGUGGGCAAACCCACUGGGAAGGGCAAGCUGAUCUCCUUCAUCGUUGCGGGCCUGGACAUGGAGUACCAGGCCAUCGUCUCCGCGUUGGAUGUCUCCCCUGUCCCAAUUUCUCUUGAUCAACGCUUUUCUUUGGUUUCUAACUAUGACCAGAGGAUGGAGAUGUUUCAUGGCAUAGGUUCUGGCGCGUUCAAUUCGUCGGCAAAUUCUGCUUCUUGCGGUCGCCAAGGGUCCAACAAAGGCUACCACAACCAGAACAAAGGCGGCGGUGGUGGUGGAUCAUGCAACAAUGGUGGCCACUACGGUGGUGGUGGCUACGGUAGCAACUCCAGCAAUGGUGGCGGCGGCUACAAUACUGGUGGCAACAGCUACGGUGCUGGUGGCGGUGGCUACCCCCAAAACGGUGAAGGUGGUGGUUACAAUGGUGGUGGCAAUGGCUAUCACCAUCGAGGAGGCUUCGGCCGUGGUAACAACAACAGACAUCAUCAAGGGGCGAAAUUUUCAAGGCUAUGA